AGUGACACCCAGCCUUUUUCGGCCAAUCGGGUGCUCCACUUCCUGUUGUCACCUAAAUGAGAGCAAGUCGACAAUCGAGAUGGAAGUGAACCGCUUGGACUUCUACAUCGGUCUCUCUCUGGCUGUGAGCUCCAGUGUUUUUAUCGGGUCAAGUUUCAUCUUGAAAAAGAAAGGCCUGCUGCGAUUGGCCAGCAAGGGCUCAACGCGAGCAGGUCAGGGGGGCUACGCUUACCUGAAAGAAUGGCUGUGGUGGGCUGGGCUCAUUUCAAUGGGAGUAGGAGAGGGCGCCAACUUCGCUGCAUAUGCGUUUGCACCUGCCACACUGGUAACCCCGCUCGGAGCGCUCAGCGUACUUGUCAGUGCUGUGCUCUCGUCGUACUUUCUAAAUGAGAGGCUGAAUAUUCACGGGAAGAUUGGCUGCCUGCUUUCCAUCUUGGGUUCCACAGUCAUGGUGAUCCAUGCGCCGCAAGAAGAGGAAGUUGCCUCGCUCAGCGCCAUGGCUGAGAAACUGAAGGACCCAGGUUUCAUCGUUUUUGCCGUGUGUGUUGUUGGAAGCAGCCUGGUCCUGAUCUUUGCCGUGGCUCCUCGCUUCGGACAAAAGAAUGUCCUGGUCUACAUCCUGAUCUGCUCUGUGAUCGGCUCCCUCUCCGUCUCUUGUGUCAAGGGUCUUGGCAUUGGUAUCAAAGAGCUGUUUUCAGGGACGGCGGUGCUGAAGGACCCCCUGUUCUGGGCGUUGCUCGUCUGCCUGGCGAUCUGCGUCAGCAUUCAGAUCAGCUACCUGAACAAAGCGCUCGACAUCUACAACACCUCCAUUGUCACGCCGAUUUACUACGUCUUCUUCACCACGUCCGUCAUGGCUUGCUCAGCCAUCUUAUUCAAGGAGUGGUUAAAAAUGACUUUUGAUGGUAUAGUGGGGACAAUCAGCGGCUUCCUCACCAUCAUUUUAGGGAUUUUUCUCCUUCAUGCCUUUAAGGACAUUACGUUUAGCGUGGACUCCCUCCCUUUAUACCUGAGGAAAAGCCCUUACUGGUUCGUUGGAGGCCAACAGCCUUACAUGGCUCUUCCUGAUGAUGACUUGCAAGCAGAUAAUGACAGAAAGUUGUCAGCCAGAGGUGGUGACUAGAAAGGAGCCUCAUGAAUAAAAAAAAGCACCAGUAUACUCAUCCUUGCCUCGCAAACUUUUACAAUUUUUUUUCAAGCAAAGCAUAAUACACUGGAUGAGGACAUUUGCUGUUUUACUGUAGCAGUUAUAUCUCUGUAAUGGAUCUCAUUUGUAGCCUUCAACCCAUUUACUUUGGUUCAAAACAAAAUGGGACAAAAUAUUUUUAACAUAAUUUAUUUUUGUUCACUGCUGUCUUUGAUAUUUCUGUUUUUUAAGUUAAGUGUUUGUGUUUUGCUAAUGAAAGCUUCAACAUACAGAAGGCAAAACAUUGAACACAUCACACAUUUUCAUAGAAAACAUAUUUCUGAAGAUGCUAUUGACAUGUAAUUUUCACCUUAUGUUGGUAGCAACCCAAGUAAUCCAUACAUAGAAACCAAAACAAAUAAGUUAUUGUGAUGUGUUCAAUACUUGUUUUAUUCACUACAUAGUUUAGUGAUUUUUACUGUAAUUAGAAAAUUAAGACAUAGUGGAGCAAAUGUUUGCUCUUAGGAAUAUUAGUGAGCUACAGUAUUACCUCAGCAUUAUGUUCAAAAUCUAAACCAAAGAAUGUAAUAUCAUGUGCGAAGCUGUAUAUUUAAUUUUAAUGUAAAGUCUCAUUAAAACAAAGAGCUUACAGUGGAUGUAAGAAGUCUGCAUAUAUCUGUUAAAAUGCCAGGUUUUGUGAUGUAAAAAAAUAAAUUAUUUCACAACUCUCCCUCA